AUGUCAUGUUUUAAUCAAUUAAACCAGAAAUAAUUUUAUCGUUUCUAGCAUUCAAAUAGCAGGUAUUAUCUGUUCCUAAAUUAUUGUCAGCUGUAUAUCUUAUAAAGGGAGAAAGAGGACUUAUGCAAAUGACCAUCUGUAAUAUAUUCACUUCUAUAAGAGUGACUUUCACCAUUAGUAGUGCCAAUAAGAUAAAAACAUGAAAUAAAUUACUAACAACUUCCAUUAGAUAACCAAUCACAAGGUCAAUCCAUUCCAAUUAUACAAAAAAUUUGCAAGUUAUUAUUGCGCUAAUAAUACUAAAGUUCUCAUGGAUACAGGAUUAACAUCAGCAUAAAAAGUAUCUUAUUGUUAAUCAUAUCACAAUUAUAACAAAAGUAUUUACUGCACAUAUGAUUAUUUCAAUUCAGGAGUAGCUCCAGUUUGA